AUGAAGAAGUUCUCGCGGAUGCCCAAGUCGGACGGCGGGGGCGGCGGGCGGCGGGCCGGCGGGGGCUCGUCCGUGGGCGUGCGGGUGUUCGCCGUCGGCCGCUACCAGGUCACGCUGGAGGAGUCGCUGGCCGAAGGUGGAUUCUCCACAGUUUUCCUGGUGCGGACUCAUGGUGGAAUUCGAUGUGCAUUGAAGCGGAUGUAUGUCAAUAACGUGUCAGACCUUAACAUUUGUAAAAGAGAAAUCACAAUUAUGAAAGAGCUGUCUGGUCACAAAAAUAUCGUGGGUUAUUUGGACUGUGCUGUUAAUUCAAUUAGCGACAAUGUAUGGGAGGUGCUUAUCUUAAUGGAAUAUUGUCGAGCCGGGCAGGUGGUGAACCAGAUGAACCAGAGGCUGCAGACGGGCUUCACGGAGCCGGAAGUGCUGCGGAUAUUCUGCGACACCUGUGAGGCCGUGGCCCGGCUGCACCAGUGCCAGACGCCCAUCGUCCACCGGAACCUGAAGGUAGAAAAUAUUUUGUUGAAUGAUAGUGGAAACUAUGUGCUUUGUGACUUUGGCAGUGCCACUAAUAAGUUUCUUAAUCCUCAAAAAGAUGGAGUUCACGUAGUGGAAGAGGAAAUUAAAAAGUACACGACUCUGUCAUACAGAGCCCCCGAAAUGAUCAACCUCUAUGGAGGGAGACCGGUCACCACCAAGGCUGACAUCUGGGCGCUGGGAUGUUUGCUCUACAAACUUUGUUUCUUCGUUCUCCCUUUUGGCGAGAGCCAGGUUGCCAUCUGCGAUGGCAGCUUCACCAUCCCAGACAACUCUUGUUACUCCCACAACCUACAUUGCUUAAUCAGGUUUAUGCUUGAGCCAGAUCCGGAACGCAGACCCGAUAUAUUUCAAGUGUCACAUUUUGCAUUUAAAUUUGCCAAAAAGGAGUGUCCAGUCUCCAAUAUCAAUAAUUCUUCUAUUCCCCCAGCUCUUCCGGAACCGAUGACUGCUAGCGAGGCAGCUGCUAGGAAAAGCCAAAUAAAAGCCAGAAUAACAGAUGCCAUUGGACCAACAGAAACCUCAAUCGCACCAAGACAGAGACCAAAGGCCAACUCCACCGCUGGCACUCCCAGCGUGCUGGCCAUUCCCAGCUCGGCAACGCCUGUCAAAGUCCCUGUUCCCGGUGAAUUUGGCAACCACAGGCCGAAAGGGGCGCCCAGACCCGGGAGCGGGCCCGAGGCGGUGCUGGGCCAGGGCCCUCCCCAGCCGCCCCUGCCCCCGCCGCCGCACAGGGUCCUCCAGCAGCUGCAGCAGGGGGACUGGAGGCUGCAGCAGCCGCACCUGCUCCAGGACGCCUACGCCCAGCAGUGUCAGCACGCGGUGCAGCAGCAGUUCCUGGCGCACUCAGCGUACCAGCCGCCGUCUUCUGCAUCCCAGUAUCCUGCGAUGAUGCAGCAGCACCGGCAGGCGUCCCUGCAGCAGCAGGUGCUCCCCCCGCGCCAGCUGGCCUCCCCCGAGCGCCUCGCCUCCCCGCGGGAGUUCUCGCCGGCCUCCGUUCCCUGCCCGGCCUCGCUCCCCGCUCAGCCCGGGACCAUGACGGACUUCUCGCACGCUGCCAGUAGGCCAGCUGCCGGUAAAGAGGCCGUGGCAAACUUCGCAAACCAGAAGAGCAUCAGUAACCCGCCCGACAUGUCAGGGUGGAACCCCUUUGGAGAGGAUAAUUUCUCCAAGCUAACAGAAGAGGAGCUGUUGGACCGAGAGUUCGACCUCCUGAGAUCAAGUAAGGGACACCUGAAGGCUUAUUUUGCUUCCCAGUAAAAUGACAGCUGUGUGAUUAACAGUGAGGCCAAAGACCGUUUCUGAGGGUGGUGUGUAGAACAUUCUCUUUGUGCAUUAGAGGGCGAAGUCCGGGCCGCCGCCUUUCACAGACCCAGCCAGACCGUCUGUGUGCGCGGGAAACCCACCGCUCCAUGGUAGCCGUCACAUCCAAGAUUGCCGACAGUGGGCUGGUACGCGCCUACCACUAAAAUACUGUAUAUUUACAGACCCUAAAUUCACAGUAUCUCCAAAACGAGGAAAAUUGAUGUUCAAGUAAAAAAAAAAAAAAGGGGGGGGGAGAUGUUAUUUAUCGUCUCACCUUCCUCCGAACCGUUCUGCGGCUCUGUUUUCUUGCGCACUCGGUGGGAAAUCCUGUGGGUCUGAGGUGCCCUUUGACAGUGCCUGAUUAAUGUUAAUGUUUCGGGAUCCGAGGUGACUAAGGACAGCUGCUCUGUCGUCCUGCCACAGCAGAAGUCAAAUAAAUUCUUUGUCACUUGCGAUCAGAUUAUCUCCACGUUUUUCCUUGGAAUCAUUGCCUCUCCUUAAACUACUAACUAACAUAUAUACGUCAGGCUGUGCCACAUGCACUCUGCAAAUGUUCUUUUUUUCUUUUUUUUUUGGAAAAGGGUUUUGGGUGUUUCGAGGGGGUUGCGAAAUAGGAGCAGAAACCUCACUUUUCCACCUUUUGCAUGUGAGACGAAGGUCUUAACGGUCCUUGCUCUGUAGCUCCCGAUUUCUAUUUCAUCUAGGGCACCCGGCCUUACGACAACAUUUAAUAGAUGAAAUGCUUUGUUUCUCUGCAUAUUUUAUGUAAAACUUAUAAAUGCCCCGAAUUCCUGUAAGAAUAGUUGUUGGGAUUUAAAUUUGUAUCUUGCAUAUUGGUUUAUGAUGAUGAUGAAGAUUUAAACUGACGAUUACCCUGUAGAUACAAAAAUGAGUUCUGAGCCCUCAAUAAAGGUUUGUUGACUUUGGUAAAACCAAUCUUAACCUUAUUAAAAAAAUUUUCUUUAAACCACAA